AAUUACGUAACUCUCCCUCUCUCCCUCUCCUGAGUGCUUACUUAAGGGCAGUGAGUUUUCACAGUGGUCUCAGUUGAACUGAAGCAUCGAUUUCUUUGUUGGCUGAAGCACAUGGACUCUGCGCUUGUUGGGUCCUUCUCCAAAGCAUCUUUGGGUGGGAACAUUUGGAGAAGGGAUAAUCUCCACAAGAACUGCUUUUCAGGUUCAUAUGUAGCAGUCAGAGUUUCAAGGUGCAGAGCAUGGGAUAUCCUAGAAAGUUACUGUGGUGUUGGAUCUCAGCAACAUCUUUUUCAGCGAAAUACCGGAGGCACUAAGGAAAAGUCUAAAUUCUACAGGGGGCAUGAUAAAAAGUUCUUGGUGAAUGCUACUGCAGGCAACCCUCUUGAAUCUGAACCUGAAGCCUAUAAUCCGAAAAGCAUAUGGAACUCUAUCAAAAAUGCCAUAGAUGCUUUUUACAGGUUUUCAAGGCCGCACACAGUUAUAGGCACAGCAUUGAGCAUAAUUUCAGUUUCUCUCCUUGCAGUCAAGAAUCUGUCAGAUUUGUCUCCAUUAUUUUUCACAGGGGUGCUGGAGGCUGUAGUUGCUGCUUUCUUUAUGAAUAUUUACAUUGUUGGGUUGAAUCAGUUGUCUGACAUCGAUAUAGACAAGGUUAACAAGCCUUAUCUUCCGUUGGCAUCUGGGGAAUAUUCAGUUGGAACCGGCAUCAUGAUUGUGACAUCUUUUCUAAUUAUGAGCUUUUGGCUUGGAUGGGUUGUUGGUUCAUGGCCAUUGUUUUGGGCCCUUUUCGUCAGUUUUGUACUUGGAACUGCUUAUUCAAUCAAUUUGCCACUAUUGAGAUGGAAGAGGUCUGCUGUGGUUGCUGCAAUGUGUAUCCUAGCUGUUCGGGCAGUGAUAGUCCAACUUGCUUUUUUCCUGCACAUGCAGAUGCAUGUGUACAAAAGACCAGCUGCCUUCUCGAGGCCACUAAUCUUUGCAACUGCAUUUAUGAGCUUCUUCUCAGUUGUUAUAGCAUUAUUUAAGGACAUACCUGAUAUUGAUGGAGAUAAAAUAUUCGGCAUCCGGUCUUUUACAGUACGCAUGGGACAAAAGCGGGUCUUUUGGAUUUGUAUUUCGCUACUUGAAAUGGCUUAUGGUGUUGCCGUUUUAUUGGGAGCAUCAUCGGGCUUCAUGUUGAGCAAAUGCGUCACGGUUUUGGGACAUACAAUUUUGGCUUUGGUACUGUGGAACAGAGCCAAAUCUGUCGAUCUCAACAGCAAAGCUGCAAUCACAUCCUUUUACAUGUUUAUAUGGAAGGUAAAUGCUUGCUACUGCUACUUGAAUGCAAUUGCAGUGGAAUAGAGUAUGUCAAAAACCAAAGCUUUUCUACGCUGAGUAUCUACUUAUACCGCUUGUUAGAUGACGAUGCAACUUAUGUCAAAGUAAAGGUUGCUUUCGGAAUCUUAGGGGGUAACAAUCGAACGCUGUUGCUGGGUUAUUCAACGUACAUUGUACUCUCCGAUAUUUCCUUGGUACAUUAUUUCACCGUCCCGGCCUGGUUUCCGGGGAAAAGCUGGAAAGUUUGAGGCGUAAGACCUUUGCAUAUCGAUUGAAAUUGAAGUUUAAGCAAAUAUUAUGAAUAUUUGGUUGAAAUUGAAGUUUAAGCAAGUAUAAUGAACAUUGAAAUCUCAAUGAAUCCGUUCGUUUAUGAAAUCUAAUGUUGGAGUUCUAAACCUAA